AUGUUGAGAGCAGUGGCGCAUGCGAUUGCGUGGCUGGUGGCAGCAUGGCACGCGCACGUCGUGGUGCCGCUGGUGAACGCCUGGGAGAGUGUCUCCGCACAGGCAGAGGCCAGCCUCACAGCAGUUAUUCGCGAAUGGUUCGGUAUCAUAAACCGUCUACUCAACGCGGCGGGUGCAUGGGUGCUGUCUGUUGUGGACGCGUCGUAUGCUGAGACCCAGCUCGUCGCCGGGCGUCAGCAGCAGGCGUGGCAGAGAUGGUGGAGGGAGGACCGCACCAGCACACUCAACGCAGUGGUCGCCAACGCCCACUCCGUUCGAG